CCCCAUGCCUGGCGGUUACGGAGUGAUGGGUGCUGAUGGCUCCAUGGAUUACAGCGUACACGAGGCCUGGAAUGAAGCCACCAACGUUUACCUGGUCGUGAUCCUUGUCAGCUUUGGGCUCUUCAUGUAUGCCAAGAGGAAUAAAAGGAAAAUUAUGAGAAUAUUCAGCGUGCCACCUACAGCAGAGGCUUUGUCGGAGCCCAACUUUUACGACACAAUAAGCAAAAUCCGUUUAAGACAGCAACUGGAAAUGUAUUCCAUUUCCAGGAAAUAUGACUGUCAGCACCCCCAAAACCAAGCUGACAGUGUGCAGCUGUCGUUGGAAUGACAUCUCAGAAAAUGAGCAACGUGCGUGAUGGUUGUUCGAGUGUGAUCUCCUGAUUCUACUAAAUCAUGAACAGCCCUUUCUUAUUUUUAAAUUGUGUCUCCGUAAAAUCAUCUUACUUGUGACUUUCUCCCCAUUUUUUGGUGUCUUUCGUUUCUCUUUGUUAAAACGACAUCUCCAGAUCAUUUGUUAGACAAAUUAAAAAUGCCUCAAAAAUCCUGACCACAAAGAGUCUGCACGUGCCUAGGGAGACAGACUGUAACCAGAGACAGUGAUUUUUACCUUGUGAAGACCUCCGGCUUCUUCAGGAUACAAUCAGGAAUAAAAAAAACCAUCUUCAGAAGCAGGAGUCCAGUGUUCAUGCCACUCUGAUGUGACCUGUUUUGCAAAAUUAAAAAAGAAAAAUGCAGGCAUCAGAAUAACUUCCUCUUAGAUUGUAUUCUGGGAUAAAUGUCAUAUGGAUAACGGA